AUGGGAAACGGGGGAGGAAAGGGAAGAGGUCAGGCAAGUGGCGACGAAGAGGAAGGAUUGUAUAGUGAAUCAUACCUUGCUCCAUUGACGUCAGAAGACACUGUGGAGCAAUGGCUAUCGAGGCAAAAAAAAUUAUAUCUUCGGCCUUGGCUCUCCGCGGGAGCCUCCGUGCACCGAUGAACACGAUUAACCAAUUAGCGAUACCGUUCUUCUUGUUUUACGCGCGGCAACUUUAUCGUCGCCGCUGUAUUUUACGAGGCGUUAUUUGGGCAACCAGCUCUCGGAAUUUUA